AUGCUCAAACCUUCCAGCGAAGAGCCCAAGCCCGAGCUAGAUAGCUCUCCCAACGGGUCAAUCAUGGGCCAUGACCCGGCCCCAGCAGAGGAGAUGCACUAUCCGUCCGGAUUUGCUCUAACAGUCAUCAUGGGCGGCCUGCUGGCCGCCAUCUUUCUCAUCUCACUCGAUACCACCAUUGUCUCGACCGCGAUUCCCAGAAUUACCGACGAAUUCCACACAGUGGCGGAUAUCGGGUGGUAUGGAUCGGCCUUCUUUCUCACGCUCGCCUCCUUCCAAGGCACCUGGGGCAAGGUCUACCGCUAUUUCUCCCUGAAGCUAGGCUUUGUCGUUGCCGCCCUACUAUUUGAGGUCGGAUCGUUGAUUUGCGCUGUUGCCCGCAACUCCGUCACCCUGAUCGUCGGCCGAGCCAUUGCCGGCAUCGGCGCCGCCGGAAUCUCCUCAGGUGCCUACACCAUCCUCGCCUUUUCCGUCCGCCCAGAGCGCCGCGCAGCCAUGACAGGCGCUAUUGGGGCCAGCUUAGCUGCUGCCGCCGUGGCAGGACCCCUAAUCGGUGGUGCUUUUACGUCAAAAACCACCUGGAGAUGGUGUUUCUGGAUCAAUCUACCCAUUGGCGGGCUCGCUGUCGGGCUGAUUGUGCUCUUCUUCAAGGCACCACCGCAGGCCCGCGCGCAAAAUGUCCUACUCAAAGAGGUCCUGACGCAGAUGGACGCGUCUGGUAUUGUUCUGUUGCUCGGCGCCAUUCUCUGCUUCCUGCUGGCCCUGCAGUGGGGUGGAACGGCCAAAGCCUGGAAAAGUGCUGAUGUUGUGGGAACUCUGGUCGGGUUUGGCGUGCUGCUCAUCGCCUUCGUCAUUAACGAAUUCUGGCUACAAGACAAGGCCAUGAUCCCACCGCGCUUGCUCAAAAGCCAGACGAUUCUCUUUUCCUGUCUCUUCACGUUUUUCUUCUCGGGAUCGUUUUACUUGUUGUUGUACUACCUGCCGACCUACUUCCAGGCCGUCAAGCAUGUGUCCGCCUCAGAUUCGGGCGUGCGCACUCUGCCACUGGUCCUGGGAGACGGUCUCUUCGCCACGCUCUCAGGUGCCGUGCUUGGCCUCAUUGGCUAUUACAUGCCUCUGUUGACUUUCGGCGGUGUCCUCACCACCGUCGCUAGUGGCUUGCUCUACACCCUGGAUCUCAACUCCGGCCCCGGCGCAUGGAUUGGAUACCAGGCUAUGGCGGGCAUUGGUAUCGGCUGCUCCAUCCAAGUACCCAUGAUGGCCAGUCAGGCGGUCGUCACCGUCCAGGAUAUCUCCACCAUCUCGGCCAUCAUCCUCUUCUUCCAGUGCAUGGGGGGUGCCAUCUUUGUUCAGGCCGGUCAGGCUGCCUUCGCCAACAAGCUGGUCCAAGAGGUGCAGCACAACCUAUCCAACAUCAGUGCCGCGUUCAUCACGUCGGUUGGUGCAACCGAGCUGCAAGCCACAUUCAGCGGCCAUGAGCUACAGGUAAUUCUCGAAGCGUAUGUGUCCGGUCUGCAGGACUGUUUUAUAGUCUCGAUCGUCUUGGCGGGCCUUGCCACCCUGCUGUCUUUUGGCACGGGUUGGAAGAGCGUGAAAAGCAAGGAAAAGUCGGCCAUGGCAGAGCCCUGA